UUGUGUAGAGUUGAGCAUGAAGCUUGCUUUGGUACUUCUCGUAGCCGGCCUUUGCGCCCUUUCUGUCCACAGCGCAGCCACCAAGGAGCAGGUAGUUGCUGAUAAAGCGUUUCUGAAGAUCCAAAAAGAUGUACUACAGAUUCUGGAAAACUUAAAUCAACCCAGUUUUCACGAACAAUACGUCCAAAUCGGUAAUAGUUACAACAUAUCUCAAAACGCUGCCAACUACAAGAAAGAAGGCAUUGUACAGGAAUUCUUGCAAUACUACAAUUAUGGCAACCUGUUGCCUAGAGGCCAAUUAUUCUCCGUGUUCUACAAGGAACAGCUACUACAAGCCAUCGCCUUGUUCAAACUGUUCUACUUCGCCAACAACUACGAGACAUUCUACAACACAGCCGUGUGGGCACGCCAAAACGUCAACGAAGGACUUUUCUUGUAUUCCUUCGUGGUCGCCGUUGUCCACCGUCCAGACACCAGAAACAUAGUACUCCCGCCAAUCUAUGAAAUCUACCCAUAUUACUUCUUCCCAUCUGAAGUUAUCCAACAAGCUUAUGUCUACAAGCAACAGUACGGAGGACAAAGCGUACAGAGCGGUGGAUUUAACGGUUACACAAUCAAUGCCAACUACUCUGGGUACUACCUCAAUUUGAACCAAGAACAGUAUCUGUCUUACUACCUCGAAGAUGUUGGUAUCAGCUCCUACUACUUCUACUACAAUGUCUACUAUCCCUUCUGGUUCAGCAGCGAAGAGUAUGGAUUCAAAAACGUAAACCGUGGUGAGCAAUACUACUUCUUCUACCAGCAACUUCUGGCUCGUUACUAUUUGGAACGCCUCUCCAACGGUUUGGGCGAUAUACCAUACCUCGACUGGAACGUUCCAGUAGAGACGCCGUUCUACCCAUCCUUGGAAUACCCGAAUGGCCUGGAAUUCCCUUCAAGGCCUGCAUAUGCUAACCUAUACGAAUACUUCUACAACUAUGGACAGAGCUGGACUACUAGAGGUGCAUACGGAUACAGCUACAGCCUCAUACAGGACUACGAGAGACGCAUCAGCGACGCCAUUGACUCAGGAUACGUAUAUAGUCCUGAAGGAAGAGUAAAUCUUUACUCAGAAGAAGGUCUUAACAUCCUCGGAAACCUUAUCCAGGCUAACCCAGACUCUCCCAACUACAAGUACUACGGUGCUGUCUGGUUGUAUGGAAGUCAUCUCCUUGGGUACUCUUACCAACCACUGAGCAAUAAUCAAAUUGCCCCAUCUGCUUUGGAACAAUUUGAAACAGCCCUGCGCGACCCAGCCUUCUACCAACUCUACAAAAGAAUUAUCUUGGAUUUCCAGAGAUAUUUCUACUACCAACAACCAUAUGGAGCAAAGGAGUUGUUCUAUCAAGGUGUUGAGGUCACAAACUUCUCCAGUGACAGUUUGAUUACAUACAACGAUCCCUUCUAUGUCAACAUCAGCAAUGCUGUAUACUACUCUCCCCAAGAGCAACAAAACAACAACUUUAAUGUUCGUGUGCGUCAAUAUCGUCUUAACAAUAGACCUUUCACUUAUAGAAUCACAGUACAAUCUGAGAAGCAAACCAAAAGCGUUGUAAAAGUGUUCUUUGGUCCAAAAUUCGACCAGUAUGGAAGAUACAUCAACAUCACCCAGAACCGGCUUAACUUUGUCUUGCUGGACUACUUCGUAUACCAAUUGAAUGCUGGAGAUAACAUUAUUAGUCGCAAUUCAUAUGAUAGUCCACUUUUCGCUCCUGACUCCACCUCAUACCUUGACCUCUACAGACAGGUAUUAGGUGCCUUAGGAGGACAACAGAGCUUCUCCUACACCAAGCAGAACUACUUCUACUUCCCACAAAGGUACAUCUUGCCAAAAGGUAGUGCACAAGGUACCCCUUACCAGUUCUACGUCAUUGUCUACCCAUACCAACCCAGGCAGAGUCAACUGAGUAAGGAAUACGAAAGCUAUUACUAUCCAUUCGAAGGGCAGCAGCAGUUCUACGACAGCUACUCCCUUGGUUAUCCGUUCGAUAGAUUUAUCUCCAACGAGCAGUUCUUCUACGACGUUCCAAAUUCUUACUUCUAUGAAGCAAAUGUUUACUUUAGAGAUAACAUUAACGCUGUACCACAACAGUAGAUUUAUAUCUCAUACGAAAUUGUAAAUAUAUUGAUACCAUAGAAAUGUA